AACAGUUUAACCGCUGCUUAUGGCUGUCGCAUCAUGUUUUUCAUAUGUCCGCAGCUUCAGCUUCUACACGGCGUUUUAUUGACAAGUGUGCUUGACUCCAACUGACUGCAGCAACAUGGACGACCAGAAGGAGCACUGUUAAUAUAUCAAACAAGUGAAAGCCACAAAACAGUAAUCACACAGUAUUGGGAUGAGUGCCACAAUGAACGUGACAGAAGUCUACACGGGAAAAUUCAUCUAUAGUGAAGGAAGCGCUUCCGUCAAUGGAAGCAUCGUUGCCCUGAACUUUAACUCCCCCCUAAGCAAAGUCAUCAACAUCUUCACGAUCGUCAUGCUCUUCAUCACCAUGAUAUCCCUCGGCUGUACGAUGGAGAUUUCCAAGAUUAAGGCCCAUUUCUUCAGGCCAAAAGCAACAGCCAUUGCACUGCUGGCCCAGUUUGGCAUAAUGCCCCUCACCGCUUUCUGUCUAGCCAGAAUCCUACAGAUGGAUCCCGUCAAGGCUUUGACUGUGCUCAUAUGUGGCUGCUGUCCAGGGGGAAGCUUAUCAAACAUUUUUGCCCUGGCCAUUAAGGGUGACAUGAACCUCAGCAUUGUAAUGACCACUUGUUCCAGCUUCGCGGCCCUGGUUCUGAUGCCUUUGCUGCUCUACAUCUUAUGCCAAGGCGUCACCGGUCUGGAAAAGGCUGUCCCAUAUGCCAGCAUUAUCGCGGCUCUCACACUCACUCUGGUGCCUUGUACCAUUGGCAUCGUCAUUAAUCACUACAAGCCAAGCUACUCACCAGUGGUGAAGAAAGUUGGUCUCAGCAUCCUGAUAAUCUCCAGCCUCAUAGUUUUUAUCCUGUCUGGCAUUGACCUCAAGGAUGUUCUAUGGAUAGCCUUCCAGGCAGAUAUAUUGGGAGUGGCUGCACUGAUGCCACUGAUUGGCUUUAUGUUGGGAUAUGUCAUGUCUGUCACAUGUGGACUCAAUGCUCAAUGCAGCAGGACCAUCUCCAUGGAGACAGGAUGUCAAAACAUCCAGCUGUGCUUUGCCAUCCUAAAGGUGGCCUUUCCCCCGCAGGACAUUGGAUACAUGUUUCUCUUCCCCCUGAUCUAUAUCAUAUUCCAGUGUUCCGAGGCCCUUCUCCUGGCCAUGUGCUUCAGAUGUUACCAAACAUUCAAGGCACCAGCUAAGGAUAUGAGCAUACAACAGUAUCAAAGUGCUGAUGUUAAACAAGAGGAGGUGAAACAUCCAUGACAACAUUGCAGAUGACAACCCAGUGCUGGAGAGGGAAAAGAGGAGCAGCUUAUUCCUACUUACUGAGGAUUUAGCUAUUCAGUGUUGUCACCAUCUCAGCAUCAUCUGCUUAUUCUUCAGUCAGGCCUGUGAUACUUGCAAAAAGAUUUUUAAAGCAUGUGCAACAACUAAUACUUUAAUUAUUGUUUACUUAGUCAAGCCUAUACAAUGUAAACCAUGGGCUGUGCAAGUUGAAGUAGAAAGUUGAUUAAAAAUAAUGAGAUUUUGUAUUUAUAUUUUGUAUGUAUCUUGUAUAUGAUUCAAAUUAGCUAAUUUAAUGAGUGGAUCAGUUUUAGCACAUUUUGAUUUCAUUUUGGGAGGGAAUUGUUGACAUGGCAUUUGCUAUUAAAUACUUUACUUAAAAUGUGUCAAGCCUAAAAGAAAAGUCAAUUUCUGAUGUGAAAAGCAGUCUAA